AUGGAACUGGCGAAAGACUUCGAUGAGGUGUCUAGCUUAUCAUCGGAAACAGAUUAUGCGGUACAGUCCCAGGAAAUACCUGUGAUAAUUGAAUCACCCACUAUUCACUUUCAAAGAGAGCCAGAUGACGCAAUCAACACUACUACCACUCAACAGGACAAACCCAAAGACUUGAGUUUUUUGACAAGCGCAAACUUCUCAACGGACUCAUUGACAGAGAGUCCAAAAGAUCUGGGUUAUUCAUUCACGAAUACACAGACGAGUCCGACGCCGAGGAGGUACUCAAACUCGUCGCUAAGCAAGUCGCCAAGAUUAAUACACCCGAGCCAGCAAUCAAGAUCAAGACCACUCUCAGCAUUUCUUUUAGACUCAGGCAACUCGAUUUAUGAGGAUGAGAGCUCAGUCCCCUUUGACAAUUCGCCACGAUCUAGAGACUCUUUCACAUUUGGUAUGAAUUCCAACACCACUCCGACUUUUUCGGAUAAGGGCUUGCAAGCUCAGUCGUACUACGCCCUGAAUGUUCGUCCUCCUUCACCAACACGCUCAACAUCGCCAGUUAGAUCUAGCAGAAACUAUAGGUCAAAGUCUCCCGUGAGGCGAUCCUCAUCUCCCAAGAAACUGAACCCAUUCAAUUUUCAGCCUCAAGAGAUUAUGCUACAUGGCAAUGGAUCGAACCAUUCUUUGCAGGUAAAGCCUGCUCAUAGAAAAGGUCACAAGUAUAAGCACUCGUCAGUAUCUAUGAAUAUGUUUCAAGAACCGCCGCCAAUGAGCGCAAAUGAACAGCAAUUGAAAGCUAUUCCUGACCUGUAUCCCGUACCGAAUUGCAGAGAAGCUUUGGCAUCUGUGAGGAAACAGCAAAAAUCUAGACUUAUUUGGGCUUUGGGACACCUCAGUUUGUCUAUUGCCAUCUUUGUGAUUGGCUUCAAGUAUGGGUUCAGCUCGUUGGCGACGUUGGCCCACUUGGUAUUCUACGACUCGUUGGGAUCUUUGUUCAUUGUCUUAGUUGACGUUAUGUCAAAUUUUGAAGUUUGGAACAAUUCGUCAUUGGCGUACCCAUUCGGACUAGAACGAAUUGAAGUGUUGGUGAGUUUUGCCUUGAGCGCCUCACUCUUGAUGCUCAGCUUUGACUUGUUUAGUCAUUUCUUUGAAGAAUUUAUCUUGUCGUUGAUUUCACAUGAUGAGCACCUGGAUCAUGAACAUGUGUCACACCAUGUCCAUGAAGGUCAUGGAAAUCUAGCGAAAAACUUGCUUCCGUAUGAAGCGAUAUUGGUGAUUACUUUGGUAGUUUCUUUGAUAUCUUCUAAUUUCAUUCUUGCCUAUGACAGAAUCAAUGAAAUGUUGAACAAGUCUGAGAGCUCCACGGCGAAGAACGAUGUUGCACCAAUUAGUAACCCUGUGGAACAAAAUACUUUGGCUCUGAGGAUGCUAAGGUUAUUGGAUGUUUGGAGAAACUAUCCAACCCAUAUGAUCACAGUCACAUACGCGUCGUUUCUUGUAAUCCUUCCAUUGAUUCCAGAAACGUUUGUUAAGGAUUUGGCAUAUGAUGUCAAUAAAUGUGCCACAAUAUUAGUGGCGUUCUUGUUAUUUUACAAUGGUUGGAAUCUAGUUAAAUCACUAGGUGUGAUACUUUUAUGCUCGUUUCCAUACUCGAACUAUGAAUAUAACUUACUAAAGUCCAAGAUCAAACAGGACAUUCUAUCGUUGGACUGUUUCAAAGAUGGAUUUCUGAUCGAUAAACUUUUCAUUACCAAAUUCAACUACCAGCUAUACGUCAUUGGCGUGUCAAUCAGCAUGAAAGGUGCUGAUUCAGAUGAAGAAGCAAGAAUGAGAUUUGAAGUGAACAAGAUCAUCAAUAAAGAGAUGCAGAUGUUGGACGAUGGCAGGAGGAAACAUACAUUGGAGAUUACUAUCGAUAUUAAUAGGUUUUAA